AAAACGAACAAAAGAACACACGAAAAGAACAAACAUUUUCUGACACCAAUCACAAUUUUAACCCAACCGUGCUAUUAUAUCGAUUGACCUAAAUCUUUUCAUCGCCUAAUGAGUGGAACAUACACGGAAAUAAAACUAAACAGAGGCUCGCAUGCAGCGUGCCUGCAGGUGCAUGCUGGAGCAGCAGGUUGGUCGCGUGCCGCCCGCCACCAGUCGUGAGCCGAGCGUCGCGCCGCCCGCCCGCGCCACCGCCGCGCCGCCCGCCCAGCGACCGAUGCUCCCCGACCGACCAAACGAAACUUUUACUAAACACUUCACCUCAACUCCGCGACCACAAAUACGAACGAACCCCUACCGCGACCCUUAAGUGCACAAUUUUUAUUUACUAAUUUUAAUUUCGAUAGCACCAACGUAACGCACUUUCAAAAUGCACGUCAAAUCAAUGUUGUACCAAAACCUAUUUUUACACAAAAAACGACUGAAAGUUUCUAUUCGUAACCUUUGAAAGUUUACACUGACUUUCUAACUGUUUAUAACUACAAUUUUCGAUGUGGUUUUGAACGUUUUUUUAUCCUUCCUAUUGUUAAAAAGUUUGAUACCCUACAGUUAAGUGUGACCAAAAGUUCAGUGAGAUUUUAAAUUUUACCCCAGACAAUGUGUGCCCUACCCAAGUGAUCGAAAGUUUAAACUUGUCUAGCUGUAUUUACUAGUGUUAGUGUAAGUUCACACGAGAUAAGAAAUUGAAGAAACAUCAUUGUUAUCAAUAAAUUGGAAAAUCAACAUUUAAUGGACUGACAUCACAAGAAGAAGUACCCACCCUACCUCCUAUAAAUGGCUCAAAAUAUCCUUCCUGCAACAUUCCUCAAUCGAUCGUCCUCGUAAAAAGUGACUUUACUACUGACAUUCCAAAAAAAAUCUUGAUUUUUAAACAGUCACUGUAUUCUUCAAUGAUUUCUAAACUGGAGUAGUAUCUACGGGACUGUGAGCCGGAGCAGCGGGAGACAUAGAGGACGAAGCGUGAUCCUCCUCGGAGGGCGCGAGAGGCCGGCGCGAUGCGGUCUCGCCAGGGAUGUAUGUAAUAUACCCAGCGGAAGAAGUAGUGUCCCUGACGUACUGUUCACAAACGCUGCCCCGCGUGAGGCAGCGGCCCACACUAGACAACCUCCUCCCGCUCCCGGCCGCGGCGUCCCGCGCGCACGCCCCGCCGCCCCUCGCCCCGCCCCGCGCCCCCUCCCCCGCCACCACGGCGCCCCCGGAGCCAGCGGAGCGCGCGCCGGCCUCGCCGACGCCCUCCACCGAUCGGCCGCCCAAGCUGCGCGAGCGCACCAAGGCGAAACUCCUCAAGAAGCUCGGCCGGCACGAGGACCCCGAUUUCGGCAAAAUCGUCCGCACCCCCGCCCCAGAUGAGUUCGAGCUGCCCGCCCCCCUGCCCACGCCGGCGUUCUCGCGGAAGAACAUCUUCGACCGCGACUUCGAUGCGCUGUUCGAGGUGGCGACGACGCCGCAGUUCGGCGCGCACAUCCGCGUCACCACGCCGGAGCCGGACCGGCGCUCCGACGUGUCGGCGCUGCACUUCCCCUCCCCCGCCGCCUCGUCGCAGAACCUGCUGCUCCCGCCGCGCCCCUACUCCGAGCCCGCCCCGUCCCCCUCGCCCUCCACGCGCCCCUCCACGCCCUCGACGCCGUCAGCGCACCGAGCCUCCUUCGAAGGACUCUACUCGAAGCCGAAGAAGGUCAGUUUCUUCCGUCGCCUGAGCCGCGCGCGGGCCGCGUCGCCGGCGCCGCCCGGCAGGAUGCAGCAGCCCUCCAUGGAGAUGGUGCUGCGAGAGCUCACACACCCCGCGCACAACGAACCGCUCAAGAACCAGCAGCAGGUCACCUUCAAACUGGUCAAAACAGUAUCGGAUUUCACGUCUCAACUGUCCCAGCUCUACGAGCGUCAUUCUUCUGAGCUCCAGUUGCUUGUCUCCAACUUCCGGAAACGAAACGCCGAGCUGCGGAAGGAAAGAGCGUCCUGCCCAUCAUCUCUCUUCCACACCUGGGAGACGUUACUCCAGGAGGUAGAAGCCGACGUCCUGGUCUACAGCAACGCGGCGACGGCGCUGGACCGCACCGUGGCCACCCCGCUCAUAGACCGGACCUUCCAUCUGAAGGUCCAGGCGAGGAAGCUGUUCGCGCAUAGGGAGGGGUGCGAGCUGAUACUGGAUAAAGCCGAUGAUCAGCUAACUAAGAGCCGACUCGAGUACCGCGCCGCGUUCCUGACCUACAGCAACAGCCCCAGCCCGACGGCUCUGGCGGCGUACUACGACUCUCACAACAACUACGUGCAGCAACUCACCGCCACCAACGCCAUGCUCGAGCAGUACUACAAGCACACCCUGCCCACUAUACUGCAGGAAUUAGAGGAGGUGCUUACAGACGUGACGACGGCUGUGAGCGACGCCAUUACGCAGAAGGGAGAAAUUAUCACAGAUAAGUGCACCAACCAGCUCCGUCGCUACGAGUCCCUCUGCGCGCAGUCCCGGGCCGUCUCCAGCACCGCAGACCUGGCACACCUGGCCCGCACCAUCCUGACCGCGCAGCCGGCGAACAAGCCCCCACGACGGGCCUUCCUGCCGCCCUACCCACCCGAGCCUGACGACCCGCCUAUGGAUGUGCCUGCUGAGAGCAUGCCGCCGGUGCUGCGAGGCGAGAUGCUGCUGGACCGCAUGGGAGGCGCCCAGGCCAGGAUGAGCUACGAACAGCUUCGCACUGACGCGCAAGACCUGGAGAUGCAGAUCAAACAGUUCCAGGACGGGCUCGACUCACUGGCGCGUAUCCAGACCAGAAGCCUGGAGGGCAACCUCUACAACAAAGUCAACGAAAUACAGGAGGACAUUUCGCUGAAGAAAUACGACUACAGGGCGACUCAACUACAUCUUGCCUCUGUCAGAGCGCAGAGAGAUUUAUUCGCUGCGAAGGCAGAGAGUGGAGCCACGGCCGCUGACCGGAAGCUGUCAUCAUCAUCAGCCGGCAGCAUGAAAAACAAAUGGCUGAAAGCCUUCAGGAGCCUGAAGCCUCCAAGCGCCCCGCCCCCCCACGCGCCUCCAGACAAGAGAAAUGGCGCCGCCAGGGAAGCGAUGCGCGCCGCUGGUGAUUCCGAUGCCCAUAACUUCCAGGAGUAUACGUAUAAAAAGAUCACACCCUGUGAUGUUUGCUCACAAGUACUUAGAGGUCACACGCGGCAGGGGCUGCGCUGUCGCAUAUGCAAAAUGAACGUGCAUACUGACUGCAUGAACCAAGUGGGCAAGUGUCAGACCAAGUCCCGGCUGCUUCGGCGCCAGAAGAGCACCUCCGAGAUUGAAUCGCACAGGAUACAGGAGACUGCCUUCGAUGAAGAGAAGGAGGAGGUGGAUCAGACCUACCAAGUAUUGAAGCGGGCCAACGAAAUAGCGAAGCCGGGCGGCGACCCGCGCGGGGGCCCCGUGGUCCGCGUGUCGGCGCCGGCGUGCGAGGAGGCGCCCCCGCGCUCGCCGGCGCGGCCCAGCGGCGUGGGGCUGGCCGUGGCGCCGCAGCCCGUCGCCUCUAGCUCAGCUCCGCAUUCGCCGAGACGUCAAAAGUUGAACCUUAGGAUGAAGAGCCUUUCUUUGGACUCUCCCGAGUGUGGAGAGUUGCGACGACGGCCGGCGCGCGACCACGGUGGGGCCACCACGGCGCAAGGAAGCCGAGUGCUCUGUGAUAACUGCAGUCAAAUAUGCAUGCGGCACCGCUUUAGUAGAGCAUCCAACCCAAUCAUACAUAACAAGACUCGAUCUUCCCCGUCAUCUCCAGUGCACGGUCGGAGGAUGCUCAGCGCCCGCGGGGGCCGCAUGAGCAGUGUGGAGCUGCCUGACGAGCCGGACAAGAGCCAGUCCUCCAACAGUGCCAGCCCCUGCCCUUCGCCUGUCAAGCAGCAAAGUAAGCAUCAGCGUCUGCUGCCAACGAACUUGUACGUGGUCCUAUACAACUUCAAGUCUCGCCACGGAGACGAACUGGACCUGAAGGCUGGCUACAAGGUGACUGUGAUCGACACGUCAGACCCUGACUGGUGGAAGGGCAAGUGCUUGGGCAAGAUCGGCUACUUCCCGUCCAAGUACUGCACCAAGCUGCAGGCUGGAGAGCGCCCGCUCCAAGUCACGCACAACCUUCAGGUGUCGGACGGCGACAGCGGCCUGAUGCUGCUCCGGGACCAGAUCGUGAUCCAAGUCGGCGACGAGGUGGACGGCAUGGUCAUGAUCCGGUCGGGGGACAACCGCCAGGGAGUCUGCCCCAUCAAGUUCCUGCAGGAGGUGUGACCCGCACGCCCGAUGAUGCUGCAAGAUAUUACGAAUCAAGAAUCGAAGCCCGACGAUUCUCCCAUGCCAGACCUCCAAGUGCAGAGCGCGCCGGCGACACCCUGCGACGACGCUGCCAUCCUCAUAUGGUCCGACAAAGCCUUCUUCGAGACCGCCACAGAAGGAGUCUGGUGGUGGAGAAGGCCGCUGGGGGUCAGACGGACGCAGUGCCGAAGGUGUGGGGCUUCGUCUUCCACCAGACCUUUAAGGAUGAUCCCUUGCGCGGGAGUCGCUAAAGAAGAUUACGACUGGGGCGACCGCCGUCUUCUUAUGUCAAAAGACCGCCCUCUCCUUUUUACGAAGUAGGUAGAUUUGGUUUGCCAAACCCUGGUUAAAAUGUAAUUGUUAAGUGUAAUGUCUACUUACCUAUUGAUGAUUCUUAUGACAAGACAGUGUUGUUUUGAGACGAGGUCGUGAUAGUAUGAACCGUACCUAGGUAUAGUUUAGUUGGGUGUCUAAAAAUUGUAUUUAUGAAAGUAAUUUAAUGUGCUUUGUUAGCAACCAUUAUAGGUAGAUACAGUUGUAUACAAUCUGCUAUAUGGGCCACGUUAUUUUAUUCACUUGCGUCGAAUUUGCACUGAUUUUAACUUGGCCUAAUGCAGGUUUUAUUUGAAAUAUUAGUUCCUAUUUCGUUAAUUACUUAAUUAAAAACUAUUGUCCUAAUGCAUAUACGAAACGAUUAUUUUGUAUUUGUACCUUUCUAUACUUGCUUAUGUGGUUAAUAGUUUAUGAACUUAAAACCUCUAAUUAGCUACUUAUACAAUAAUUUUAUAACAUAUCAUUUUCGCGGAUUUUAGGUCAUUUAUUAUUGUGAUACUUAAACGAAAUAUUCGAGACAUUUUAAUUUUUUAUCGAACAUUUGAUAUAAGUACUUAACCUUGCAUUUUUAAUUUGCAAACAUUCUGUACCUAUUAUUAUUAGUUUUGAUAAAUUUCUUAUACAAAAACAUACCUAUAGGUAUUUAUAAAUAAGUGUUUUACAACGUAUUCAUAAUUAUAACUUAUUUACAAACAUGCAAUUUUCUUAAAAUUAUUAUCGAUGUUAGAGGCACUAAAUGAAUUUAUAGAGUUAUAGGGAUUAAAACCAUGAUUGAAGUACCUACUUAUUAUGUGGUCGUUGUACGUAUACAUAAUGGAAAUUAGGUAAUUGAAUUUACUUUAAUAUCGAAUGAGGAAUCAAAGUUAUAAUAUUCUUAGGUACUAAAUCAUUAUUUACUUAUUCUAGGUAAGUAACUAAUUUAUUUACAUAUGUAUCGUAUUGUUGUGUAGACACUAACACACAUAAAUUAUCAAUAUUGAUCGUGGAUUGAAAAUGUUUGUACCAUGUACUUAUUGAAAUUUUAAAUGGAUAUUGAAUUACGACCUACUGGUAAAUAUUGUACAUAGUACACUUAGGUACAUUAUAUAAUAAUCACUCUAAAUAUAUAAAAGCAGGUGCACAGUUACUUAAAUGAACUUAUUAAUAUUUGGUAACUAGGUGUAAGCAUUCCCAAAAUAAUUAUAAGUUAUUAACUAGUUUAUUAUUUACUUACUUAAAUAAUUGUAUACAAUUAUUAUUUUCACUCUUAUUUAACGUGUUUAUUUAAGUUACUAAUUAUAUUCUAUUUAUGUAAGUAUAGAUACUUAAGUUCCCUCUAUUUUUAUCUCUGUAAGCUUGGAGGUCGAUUCGCAAACAUGACCAAUUUUUAUGUGAGCCUGUGAGGAGCAUUGGGCCUCCACAGUUCUUCUACCACAGUCGUUUCUGUCACUGUUCUCCUUGGCUUCUUCCCAGAGAGCAUAAAAUUGAGAUAUGUGAGAAGUAAUCACCCCAAAAAUUUCGCAUGUCGACAUUUGGGCCUUUUACCCUGCGCCGCUUUGCAAUCUAACGCAAAUCUUUGGUGACAUUCCUGAUGUGAUUUGAUAUUGUAUCGCCAUUUUUGGUAAAUUUCCGUGGAUUGCAGUACGUAGGUGUAUUAUUUUAAGUAUCUACGUAGACCCUGUGUAUUACGUAAAAUAUUCCUUAUAAUGUUAAUACUAUUUAAAACCUUCAUGAAAUAGAGUAUAAUUAUAGUUAUCGUAUUAACGUAGGUACUUAUAUUUUUGUUGGCAUUGGGUGCCCUUCUUAGUUAUUCCUUGCUUUCAGUAAGUAGGUAACAAUUGAUUCGUUUACUUAAUUUUUUUUUUGUAUUUUGAUUGUGGUGUAAGUACCCAUAUUCACACACAGUGAUGUUAUUUUAUAAUAAUUAUGUGUCAAACCGUCCCCUUUUUAAACGUAUUUAUAGGGAUAAUGGAUUAGGUAGAUAUACUGCAAGUGGCAAAAUUAAAAGCCUGUAUAAAGGUAUGAACAUAUAUCUAUAAAUUAUGUAAGUAAUGUAUGUUAUAUUUCAAUUAUUAUGUAAAAUACCAAGAUAUUUAUUUGUAUACUUAUCCCUAAUAAUUUGAAAAUCUUAACAAAGUUAAGAACACUACAAUUUCUGGGACUAAUAAAAUUAUAUAAAGUUUACUUUGAAGUUGAACUUACCUACCUACAUUAUACAAAGAAGUUAUAUGUAAAGGUAAACUGACACUAAACCUACAAUAGUUAGUUAUUAAAAUGUAGGUUAUUACAUGAUUGUAGCAUAAUCUAUAAAUAUUAUCACUUAACAAUUAUUUAAUGUUGUCUUCAUCUGAUGAUGUAUUGCCAAAUAUAUUAAUACGACAAAAGUACUUCAACAAAAGUUAAUACAUCAGUAGCUUAAUAGUUGGGUUGUUUUACAAAAAAAAAUAUGUAUGUACUUAAAAAGUACAUGAUAUUUCUUAUAUAAAAUUUAUUUAAAAAUAUUCAUUGGUAUGCUAAUAGGCAUAUUAUAAAACCACCUUACAUGGUGAGUAAGUAGGUCCACCUACCUACACUAUGAGGUGAGGAUCAGAUUAUAUUAAAAAUACAUACCUUUAAAUGUUAUAUAUUAAAAUCUGGUAGUUUAAAAUAACAUACCUACAUGGCUCCAUUGUUUUUAUGCCAGCUAGGCAUUGUGUAGAUAUUUAUGAAAAUUAUUAAUGUUAUCAAAACACGAAUUAUGAAAAGUAAAUGGAUAGUAAUAAGUACACUGACCUUAGUUUUAGGAAUUUGGUUGACUUGACUAACGUCGUCAGAGGCACUAUAAUAUUUUAGUUAUACCUUUGUAUGUAAUUCUAAUUAGGUACCUACCUAUGUAUGCAGACUCGUGUUUGUCUAAAUGUCUAGUCAGAAUAAGCUUAAGAAAACGCACAUUAAAUUCGGCCAUUUUAACAGGUAUAUAUUUUUCCUUUUUACAGCGUGUGACGUCAAACUUAUAAAUUACUUCUAGUAUUUCUCUGGUCCAUAAUAAUUAUGUAC